AUUUCUCCCAAUGCAUCUCCUUAUAAAGGCCGUGAUCCUUCUCUGCUACAAUCCUUCCCAACCUUUCUCUAUGCCUCCGUUAAGGAUCUUCACAAAGACAAGUAUAGCCUCGAAUGCGCUAUUUGCUUGUUGGAGUUCGAGGAAGAUAGCAUGAUGCGCUUGUUGACAGUUUGUUGCCAUGUCUUCCAUCAAGAAUGCAUUGAUCUCUGGCUUAGUUCACACAAGACAUGCCCUGUUUGUCGUACGGAUCUUGAUUCACCAACCAACGAAACGCGAAAGUCUCAUGAACUCGGCGAGGACUAUCUUCAAGCAGAGGAAGAGAGAAGGAAUGAAGUGUGUAUUGACGAUGUAAAGGAAGGGGAAGAUCAAAGAGAUCAAAGAAACGAUGAUGAUGUGCAUGUUUCAAUGAUGUGCUUUUUUUCUUUUGUGUUUCUUUGUUCUAAAUUUCCAACAAAAUAUACGUUGAGAUUGCCGGAACAUGUAGCGGUGAAAAUUGUAAGAGGGCACAACUACACCAAGAGUUGUUCAAGUUACAAUGAGAUGGCAAGGCCUGUUGCACCUUGUAACAAGGGUUCACCGCAGUGA